CGAAAGCAUAAAUUCUCUCUCCCAAUAAUUUUGAGUUAAUUUCUGUUCCAUACUCUCGUAACAAAUCAACGAUUUGAGAUCCAUCCGUCUAUAAUUUAGUACUGAUGUAAAAUUAAUAAUGAGCGCGAUUCUAGGAAGUUCAAAUUUAUACUCCAUCCGGGAUAUUCCAACAUAACCUAUUUUCAUUAUCAUUUUACAUGCGCAUCAUCUGUAAUGGGCCUGUAAUCUAUUGAAUGAUUAGAUUCACAGGAUAGACUUUUCGCUUUUCUGUACAACAGGUUUUUGCAACUUUCGUAUCAUAACAACAAUUAAGUGCGACUUGAAGUAAUGGAAUUAUUGACAAUAAUUUCGCCCAAUAUAGAGGCACGUGAUAUGAAUCUUGAUCUUAUAAAAUGUUUCUACUGAAUACUGAAAACAACGCAGGAUUAAAAUUCCAUUCAGAAUUAUCUAGAGUAUAUGGAUAGGUCUAGACGAAGAGAUGCAGGAUCUAAUUAAUAAUCUACAUAAUACUUGCGUUGGUGAAGUUGGAGUAGACGAAGGUUUGAUCACCAAAGCACAAAAUGGGGAUUUUGCUGAGGAUGAGAAACUGAUGUGUUACUCCAAAUGCCUUCUGGAUCAAAUGGCUAUAGUUGAUGAAGAAGGUGUAGUAGAUCCCGAAGCUGCUUUAGCUGUUCUUCCUGCUGAUAUGCAGGCUGAGGCUGGUCCAGCAGUGAGGAAGUGCUCAAAAUUAAGAGGCUCCAACCCUUGCAACACAGUUUUUGAGGUGAUGAAGUGUUGGUACAAGGAAUCACCUGCGACCUACUUCAUGCCCUGAACACAUGCGUCGUUUUCCUAGAAAUUAAUUAAGAAAAACUUGUAAAAUAAUUUAUUUCAUCAUAUAAUGUGACAUUUUAAUAAUUAGAAGCAAUUUCGAAAAAAAA